AUGUUUGCAGACGAGGUGAGAAGUGCAAUUGUCACAAAAGUGAAAUAUGCAAAAUAUUUUUCCGUCAUACUUGAUUGUACUCCAAAUGCAAGUAACGAAGAACAAAUGUCUCUAGUAAUACGAUGCAUGGAUAAUUCGGUAGACUCGCCGAUGGUACAAGAAUAUUGGAUUGACUUUUUGAAGGUGCAUGAUGCAUCAGGAUUUGGACUUUUCGUCGAGCUUAAAAAUGUGUUAAAGAAUCUCGAGCUUGAUAUUGAUAUUGAUAAUAUAAGAGGUCAAGGGUAUGACAAUGGAGCUAACAUGAGCGGGAGACAUAGAGGUGUACAAAAAAGGUUACUUGAAAUUAAUCCUAGAGCUUUCUAUACUCCAUGUGGUUAUCAUAGCCUUAAUCCAACAUCAUGUGAUAUGGAAAAUUGUUGUUCGAAAGCUAUGUCCUUUUUUGGAGUGAUACAGCGAAUCUACACAGUGUUCUCUUCUUCUCCCAAACAAUGGAAAUUUUUUAAAGAUAAGGUUCAAGGUCUGACACUUAAGCCAUUGUUGCAGAUACGCUGGGAAAGUCAUGUGGAAAAUGUCAAGCCUAUAAAAAAACAAUCUGUACAAGUAAGAGACACUUUACUUGACUUGGCAAACAUUGUUGAAGAUCCUAAAACAAAAACUGAAAACAUGGAUAUUAAUGAAACCAUCAAACUUUUACAAGCACUUAUUAAAUUUCUCGGAGAUUAUAGAGAAUCUGAGUUUGCUAGUGCCAUGGAUGAUGCUAAACAAAUGGCAAGUGAAAUGGGAAUUGAAGUUUAUUUAGAACAUAAUGGACAUUCAGACAUUAUAGGUGAUGAUUUUUGUUCGGAGUUGAUCGUCUUGAGGUGCUAUUUAACUAGCGAAACAAAAAGAGCAAUUGAUGUACUAUAUUACUUUAAGAAAAUGAAUAGUUGUUUUUCGAAUGUUUGCAUUGCUUACAAGAUUUUGCUCACCAUUCCAGUUACAGUUGCAACAGCAGAAAGAAGUUUUUCCAAAUUGAAAUUGAUCAAGGCUUAUAUCCGGUCAACUAUGUCAUGGCAAAUAUUGAAUGGUUUAACCAUGUUAUCAAUUGAAAAAGAAAUUGUUGAACAACUCGACUAUACAAAAUUGAUCGAUAUUUUUGCCUCAAAAACUGCAAAACAAGUUUUGUGGAAUCUUUUCCCAUGUCUAGUGAGGCGAUCAUGGUGCUAUGGUGGUGAUGUAGUUGCUAUGGUGUGUUCAGAUGUUGUGGUAAUGUUGGUGAUCUGGUUUGGCGGUAAUAAUGUUGGUGUUGGUGAUUGUGGCUAUGUGGUGGUCAUGAGUAGGAUGGAGUGGGGUAUUUGUAAUCAAUAA